AAACACGGAUGUCAAGAAGCAACAAGAUUUAGAUACAGAUUCGAGACAUACACCCUUCCACAUUCAAUAUCUAAUUGAAGAGUUAAACCAAAAUGCAGCUAAAUUUGAUUUGAUUUAUAGAACAAUCCCUGCAGAUAUAGAUCUAUCGUUAUCAUUCUGUUCAUUAAUUUAAUUGCAAUCAUGAGUGAUGUUAUUAGAAUUCAACCACUGCAAUUUGUUCAUGUUCUAGAUUUGAAUAAGAAUGUGGUGCAUCUUGUGGUGGGACCCAACACCCUUAUGCUGAAGAGCAACCAUAAGUUGGUAGCUGGACCUCUGCCAAUGAUUGUAGUGCCACCUGGCAGCUACUGUGUUGUUAAUGAUCCAAUGAGGUCGUAUGUUGAAGGACAGAAAUGUGAACUAGAUUUGGGUCAAAGGAAAAUAAAGUUUCAUUCUGAACCCUUCCCCCUUUAUCCUGGUGAGCAUCUGUCAGCAGCUCCAUCGUUUGGUAAUGGUUCAAGCGACUACUCACCUGCCAUCAAGAAGCUGCCUGUCGUAAAAGCAAACUUCGCUAUACGACUGGUAGCUGUAAUUGACCACGACGAUGAGGGCACGCCCAGACAAGCAGGUGACAGGUGGCAACUUAGAGGACCACUGACCUACAAGCCAAGACCAGAAGUGGACAUUGAAAAGAUAAUUGAACCAACAAUAAUUAAAACUGGACAAGUACUCAAACUUCGAGCUAUACAAGAUACUACAGACAGUAAUGGAAAGUCUAGAGUUACAGGUGAAGAAUGGUUGGUAAAAGAACCUGGAGCAUAUUUGCCUGGUGUAUUUGAAGAAGUUAUAUCAAUUGAAAAUGUUAUUACUUUAACUAAUGACAUCGCCUUACAUCUUAGAGCUACUCAUACUUUGAUAGAUCUCACAGGCAAGAAAAGACAAGCUGGGGAGGAAUGGUUGUUAACAAAUGAAUCUCUCACUGAGUACACAAUACAAGUUGGUGUGGAAGUGGUUGAGCAAGUGAAGAGAACUGUGAUAAAAAAAGGGCAGUAUGCUGUGAUACUGAAUCCAGUUGAUCAAAAUGGUUGUCCACGGCUGGGACAGAAGGAGUUGAGAACUGGGCUCUGCAGUUUCUUCUUGAAACCUGGUGAAACAUUGGAAGAUGGUGGGAUCCAGAAUGCUCGUGUCUUGUCAGAAGAAGACUCCAUUCUUCUUCAAGCUCUCGAUAGUUUUGUGGAUAAAGUGGAUGGCAAACCAGUUACAAGAAAAACUGGAGACUACUGGCUAAUCAGGGGUCCUUUAGAUUACAUUCCUCCAAUCAAUGUAAAAAUUGUUAAACAAAGAAAAACUAUUCCCCUCAGCAAAAAUGAGGGAGUCUAUGUUCAAGAUAUGCACUCAGGAAAGGUGAGACUUGUGAUGGGUCCAUGUGCCUACAUGUUAACUGCCACGGAGGAGUUGUGGAAAAAAGAACUGAGUGAAGAAACAGAGAAGCUGCUGAGCCUAGGUGGAGGGAUGGGAUCUGGUGAUAUCAGAAAACUGGCAUACUAUGAGCAGUCCAUUGAUCCAUCCAUUGCUAAAGGCAGGGAUAAGACCCGUGUGGUGACCUACCGCUGCCCCAGCAACACAGCAGUUCAAGUGUACGACUACACCAAGAAAACUGCCAGAGUUGUCUUUGGUCCUGACUUGGUUGUGUUGGGUCCACAUGAAAAUUUUAAUGUCCUAAGUCUCAGUGCUGGCAAGCCCAAAAAAGAGGGUGCUCUCAAGUCUUUAUGCUUAAUGCUUGGGCCUGAUUUUAUCUCUGAUAUUAUUGAGGUGGAAACAACCGACCAUGCAAGACUGCGACUUCAACUUGCCUUUAAUAACCAUUUUGAGGUGGACAAAACAGAUGUUGAAAGUGCAAAGAAAAUUUUUUCUGUUCCGGAUUUUAUUGGGUUUGCAUGCAGGCAAAUUGGAAGUCGAAUCCGUGGAAGCGUUGCCCUCACCAGUUUUGACUCGUUCCACAAAUACUCAGCUCAGAUCAUCCAAGCUGCCGUGUUUGGCAAGGAGUCUGCACUCAAAUUUGAUGUUAACAACUUGGUUGUAAGUAGUGUUGAUAUCCAGAGCAUUGAGCCAGUCGAUGCUAAAAUGAGGGACAGUCUGAGUAAAUCUGUGCAACUGGCUAUUGAGAUCUCCACCAAGUCUAUUGAGGCAGCAGCUGCCCAUGAGGCCAAGAGAGAGGAACAAAUGGCCAGGGGUCAGUUGGAACGUCAAAUUUUAAAAACUGAAAAGGAGGCUGAACGAGCUAGGACUCAGUUGUAUGAGCUAAGGGCUUUAGCUGCAGCUGUUGAAUCCACAGGCCAGGCUAAGGCAGAAGCUCAAGCCCAGGCGGAGAGGCUUCUGAUUGAAGCAGAGAGCCAUAUUGAAGGUUCCCGUCUAAAGGCUCAGGCUGCAGAGAUAGAACAUGAGGCAAUGCUGACAACACAGACUAUGGUUAGGAACCAUGAACUUGAUUACCAGAAAAAGCAAAAUAGCCUCAUCAUCAACAAGCAGAAAUCUUUUGCUCAUCUUGAAGUAGCCAAAUUCAGUGAAAUGGUGAAAUGUUUAGGUCCUGAGACGCUGGUAGCCAUUGCAAAUGCUGGUCCAGCCACACAGCUUAAGAUGCUGCAAGGUCUGGGGAUAGAGAGCUGUCUGUUGACAGAUGGCAACUCCCCCAUCAAUCUGCUGACCACUGCCUCUGGUCUGGUUGGACAUGGACUUGGACCUACUGGAUCAGCUUAGUUCUUGGACUUACUGGAUCAGCUUAGUUCUUGGACUUACUGGAUCAGCUUAGUUCUUGGACUUGGACCUACUUGAUCAGCUUAGUUCUUGGACCUACUGGAUCAGCUUAGUUCUUGGACUUACUGGAUCAGCUUAGUUCUUGGACUUACUGGAUCAGCUUAGUUCUUGGACCUACUGGAUCAGCUUAGUUCUUGGACCUACUGGAUCAGCCUAGCUCUUUGUCCAAGAAUGAAUGCUAAAUGUUGUUAAGUGACUGAAGUACAAUCUUGAGUGCGACAGCCAUUAUUCCAUAAAAUCAUGUCUGGUUAUUAAUUAAUGAAAGAUAGAAGUUGAUAGUGUAUCAUUAGGCUGUAUAGAUUCAUUAAUUUGCUGUUAACUCACAUGUAGAUUACGCUGACAUCAAUUAAAGGCAGGUAACCAUCAAAGUAAAAAAAUGGCCUCACUUUCUUCUGACUGAAUGAAAGCUAAAUAAGUUACAACAGAUUUUUAAAAAAAUUAUCACUAAUUGGGUUGUGAAUGUUUUACUUUCCUUUUUUACAUGUUACUAGUUGAUAAAAAAAUGUUAAAAAUUUUUUUUUUCCUUUCCCACUUGUUUUAACAUAAAAAAAACCUUAUAUAAAAAUAAUUAUUCUAAUUAAACUUAAAUGUUUUUAGCCUAAAAUACAAUUUUUAUAGGCUACUAUUUUUAAACUUGAAAUUUAAAAAUUGAUUUUUAGUGUUAGAUUUUAUUGAAAGUUGAAGCAUAUGUAUUAUGGAGACAUCUAGUGGAGAAAAUGUAGAAACAAUUACAUUGUAAUAUACUUUGGGGAAACUAGAUUUUGUACCUUGGACCUGUACUUUGAACUUUUACCUAGGACUUGUACUUAGAACUUGUACCUAUAACUUGUACCUGGGACUUGUACCUAGGACUUGUACCACUUACUGCUGGCUAAAACACAAAACAAUGCUUACAUGAUUCGUUAUUCUAAAUCACACGUUUUAGCUCAUAUAUUUUUGUUAUCCUAAAGCACACUGUAAAAACUUUUUCUACCAGGUUUUUUUUAAUAAAUUGUGAUCUCCUUUUUUGUAUUUUGUUCUUUUAUCAAAUUUAAAAGCAUAUUUGAAAACAAGUUUGAUUUUAAUUUUAAUGUAAAUAUAAUUUGUUUUUAAUUCACAUAUAUUUAAACCUAUAAUCUUGGAUACAUUUUAAGUAGAAGUUCUAUGUUUGGCAGCAGAUAUUAGUUUUCAUUUGAAGAUUUGUUCACACAAGGCAGCAUACCAAACAUAAUCUAGCUAAAAUGAACACAGAUACUAAAAAUACUGCACAUAUGUAUGAAGGAACAUAUCGUAAUACAAGUUUAUAUAAAAAAAAUUUGUAACAUACAUAUAUUUAAAUAAUCAGUUGAUUUUAAUCACUAAUGUUUACAAUUUAUCAGUAUACAAUAUUAGAAAUAUUUGAAUUAAAAAAAAAAAACAAGCUCACUGGCAUAACUAUUUGUUACUGUGUUUUUAUCAUUGCUUUCACUUAAAGUUUACGUAAGUUGCUUUCUGUUUUUCUCACACUUGUGAUAAUAUUGAAUUUCUACACAAUGAGAUCAAUGACAUAUUUAUUUUUGUUUUUAAGCAGAAAAAAAUGUAAUAUUUGUGUAAUUAUUCUUACACAUGUUUGCUGUUGAAUUUAUUCUUACUGUUUUGUAGUGUUAAGCUGCUACAUACUUAAAUCUAGUUAAUAAAUUAUCUAACUUUUUGCA